AUGAAGAACAAGAACAAGACGACCAAAUUCCCUGUCGCACGCAUCAAGCGCAUAAUGCAGAAGGACGAAGAGGUGGGCAAGGUGGCGCAGGCGACGCCAGUCGUGAUAUCGAAAGCCCUGGAGCUAUUCCUGGCCAUGAUCAUCGAAGAGGCGAGCAGAGUGACCACAGAACGCGGCUCCAGGAGGGUCGAGGCGUACCACCUGAAGCACGCUGUGGAGACCGUCGACAUGCUCGACUUCCUCAAGGAGAUUGUGGAGGGAGUGCCCGACCCAUCGGCAGGCGGCACAAUUGACCUCGAGGCAGAGGCGGGCGAGGGUGGUCGCAAGCGGCGCAGCGGCAAGGGAAAGAAGGUGGCUGAAGCGGACGACGCGGCACCCGCUCUACGCAAGCGGCGAAAGAGAGGCGAGGCGAAGGAGGAAGGGGAGGGACAGCCGCAGGGCCGGCGGCGUUCACGAAAGAAGGAGCCGGAGAAAGAUGCUGAUCCCCAAGACGACCCCGAAGAGGAGGACGCGGACAUGGAUGAAGAGGAUGUAGGCGACGAGGGCGUUGUGGCCCCGCGCGCCCGGAGGCGAGGUGACGACGACGACGACGACUGGGAAGGAUGAGCAGGCGGUGCAGUGCGUGUCGAACUAUGUACUAUACUGUAAGGAUUCUGGUUCAAUCGACGUGUACAAUCCCCAGCAGAAUUUUUGUAUAUUUG